CCUGGUCAUCGCUCUGUGUGUUGCCUGCGCGUGUUCGGCGUGAGUACACCAAGAACACACUACUAAUGACGUCAUAGAAACCACUUAGCCUCAAACCCUUGCAAAGUUUUAAAAAAAGACACACAACAGGGUCUAAUUCUAAAAUACUGUUUUGAGCGAUCAUGGUUCUGUGAUUCUCUUAGAAGACUUGUUUUAUUCUGAUUGUCCCUAUAUUAUUAUAGUGGAACACCUUCUGCAUAUGCCUUUAAUUUGUGCAUGCUUACUUUUCCUGCAUGCUUUGCUAAACAUUUUUCGGAACCUUAUUUAGCUAACUCUCUUGACGGUUUAUAAUGACUCGCUUAUUGGCAAUUUAUUCCCACACGGAAAAUGGUAUCAAUAAUAUAAUGGUGUGAUCUGCUGUGGGCGAUAAAAUGUGAAUUGUUUUCGAUAUUAAUAAACAUGAAAUAAUUUUUGUAGACCUAAUUCGGGACUCAGUGGUAAUGAACACAGUGAUCUCAUUUCUGUACCCCGUUUUCAACCCAUCAUUUGUUUCCUUUGUUUGAAAGGAACUCUCCCCUGCGUCGCUGGAAGAGGAGCAAACGGCGUGAACUUCAGCAGGAGAUUCGAUACCCUGUGCACGACGAAUACGACUACACGACAACGAAUGAAAUAUUGGUGAGGUCAUAAAGUAUUUCAUGCCUACGCAGGGCCGUCACGGGACUUUUGGAGGGGCCCCAUGCCAUUUUUAUUUUGUUCGUUUUGUUUUUGGCACCAUGUAUUAAAUUGUCCCACAGCAGCAGCAAGGGGUUACAGGGCCAACGCGGCAGCCCUGUUUUCAGGACUGUACACUAUUGUAUGGGCAAACAAACUUAAAAUAACUAUACUUUUCCGAGUAUAUAAAUGGACAUUUUCUUCAGUAAAAAACGAACAUCUCCUUACAUAAUAUAAAUGGACAUAAACUUCAGUAAAAUAAAUGGACCCUUUCUGAAGUAAAAUAAACGGACAUUUUCUUCAGUAAAAUAAAUGGACAUUUUCUUUGGUAAAAAGAAAUGGACAUUUUCUUCAGUAAACUAAUAUAUAUUUUGUACACUAUUGUAUGGGCAAACACACUUAAAAUAACUAUCCUUUUCGGAGUAUUGAAAUGGACAUUUUCUUCAGUAAAAAACGAACAUCUCCUUAAAUAAUAUAAAUGGACAUUUUCUUUAGUAAAAUAAAUGGACAUUUUCUUUAGUAAAAAAUGGACAUUUUCUUUAGUAAAAAAUGGACAUUUUCUUUAGUAAAAAAUUGACAUUUUCUUCAGUAAACUAAUGGAUAUUUUCUUUAGUAAAAAUUGACAUUUUCUUCAGUAAAAUAAAUGGACAUCUCCUUCAGUAAAAUAAAUGGACCCUUUCUUCAGUAAAAUAAAUGGACCUUUCUUCAUUAAAAUCAAUUGACAUUUUCUUCAGCAAAUAAAUGGGUAUUCUCUUUAGUAAAAUAAAUGGAACCCUUCUUCUGGAAACGAAUUGAAUAAAUAUGCAUUGUUAAAAUAUAGAAUUCUAUAAAAAAGAAACAUUCUUCAUGAUUGUCCAUAAUUCUUUCUUUGCCCAUGUUUAUCAGGACUGCAGACCAGGUUCUCAUUUAACAGCACAGACCAAGAAGUGUCCCGGGAAAGACCAACGGGAUGGCGACGACGACUACAUGGAGGUCAACUCCUACGAGGAGACGUCCCUCGUGACAACGCCCACAUCGACGACAGCCUUGCACCCGAGGUCUGGGUCACACCGCGGAGCACGGCUGCCACCCGUGGCGCCCGACACACCGACACCAACAACAACAAAGUGGGCGCUAGCCAGGUCCUCGGGGG